UUACUGGUCCUGUUAUUUGGCUUGGGCAGGAACGGGUGUUUUUUCAGGAGGGAAACUUCACCGGGCUUUAUCCCGAUUUAAACACGACUAAUUCAUCCAGUUAAAAUAAUACGAGUCAUUAUAGCCAUAUUGAAAGCAGUAUAUCCUUCGCGUCGGACUCAUUAAAGAAAAAGUCUUCGUCCAGUUCAAGGAGCCCACCAGUCAUGUCUGGCAUUGCAUUGAGCCGGCUUGCUCAGGAGCGCAAAGCGUGGCGAAAAGACCACCCUUUCGGCUUUGUGGCUGUGCCGACAAAAAACCCAGAUGGAACGAUGAACUUGAUGAACUGGGAAUGUGCUAUUCCUGGGAAGAAGGGGACCCCAUGGGAAGGAGGCUUGUUCAAACUGCGGAUGCUGUUCAAGGAUGACUAUCCUUCCUCGCCCCCAAAGUGUAAAUUUGAGCCUCCACUCUUCCAUCCUAACGUAUAUCCGUCAGGCACAGUAUGCCUAUCCAUUCUAGAGGAAGACAAGGACUGGCGACCAGCCAUCACCAUCAAGCAGAUCCUAUUAGGAAUACAGGAACUCUUAAAUGAGCCCAAUAUCCAGGAUCCAGCCCAAGCAGAGGCAUACACAAUUUACUGCCAAAACAGAGUAGAAUAUGAAAAAAGAGUUCGAGCACAGGCCAAAAAAUUCUCCCCUUCAUAAGGGUGAAGAUAGUUCGGCUUCGGCAGAAGGAAUGGAUCAAACGUGGAUCACCGCCCCUAUUUCUCUAUGAAUGUGCCCCUCUCACAUCGGGACUCGCUUAUAAGGACUUCUAUUUAAAACUCUUGACAGGCAUUCUGUGCCAUCUUCUACUCUGACCAACCCCCCCCUCUUUUUGUUAAACUGCUGGGCCGGUGUGUGGCGGGUGCAAGGAGGAAAUGGGUGCCGUAGCACCCCGGCCGCUUCCUUUUAGCUGUAUUACUUGUCUUAUGGUGCGAGGGACACAGCAAAGUACCGGUUUCACCAUCGACUCAAAAAUAAUCCGAUCUUCAUCCUCUUUAGAGGAAGAGAACGUCUUAGUUGUCUUUAGGUUUAUUUUUGUUUGUUUUUGCUCUCAAAUAUGGUCUAUUCCUUAAACCCCUCCCCUCUCAUAUUUCCGUGAUUUUAAUUAUGUAAAAUGUGCUAAUUACUUAAUUGUCAGUAUUUCAACUGCUGUAUAAUGAAUGGCACUUUUAUACUGUCAUCUCACAUUUGUCUCUAGUUUGCUCUGUCUGAUUCUCUUAUGCAGGUUUUCUAUUCAGCAUGCUGUAAUAUAAGAAAGUCUGCUGUCUUUUUGUUAUUUGGAGUGUUUGCUAUGAAAAAAGAAAAUGGCCACAUUGACUCGCAAGGCAGGUAGGCUUACGUCUGUAUCAGUCUUUAUGUUUAUAUGGUGCUUUGUUCAUGUAUGUGUUAGAGUAAAUAAACUGUUUCUAUAAAGCCA